CGCACCUUGAAACGCCGGGAAAAUGGCAGCGCCGGAGACGGCGCUGUAGGAAGCCGGGAGGCGCCGCCGCCCGCUCGGAGGGACGUUCGGACGGGCCGGUGAGCGCGGGGCUGCGGGGCCGUGGCAGCGGCAGACUCCAGACGGCCGGGGUCUGCAGCGUGGUCUGCCGAUCGGCUUUUGGUCGGGAUCUGCAGCCCUUGAGAAGGGCCUUAGAGGCUGUGUGGUCCCAGCGGAGCCGGUCUGAGAGCUGAGGUCGCACUGGAGGGCUCAAGGGUCAGAAGCUAGUGUUCGGUGCAGACAGACCUGCUUAAUCGGAGGCUUCCCAGGACUCUGCCAGCGCCCCCCUGCAAGCUCUGCCCCUGACGGCGGGAUCCCCAGCCUCCAUGGACCUGGCCUACGUCUGCGAGUGGGAGAAGUGGCCCCGGAGCACCCACUGCCCGUCGGUGCCUCUGGCCUGUGCCUGGUCCUGCCGGAACCUCAUCGCCUUCACCACCGACCUCCGGAACGAUGAGCAGGACCUGACCCGCACGAUUCACAUCCUGGACACCGAGCACCCCUGGGACGUGCACUCCAUCCCCUCGGAGCACCGCGAGGCCAUCACCUGCCUCGAGUGGGACCAGUCAGGCUCGCGGCUCCUGUCAGCAGACGCGGACGGGCAGAUCAAGUGCUGGAGCAUGGCCGACCACCUGGCCAACAGCUGGGAGAGCCUGACGGGCAGCCUGGUAGAGGGUGACCCCAUCGUGGCCCUGUCCUGGCUGCACAAUGGGGUGAAGCUGGCUCUGCACGUGGAGAAGUCGGCCGCCUCCAGCUUCGGGGAGAAGUUCUCCCGCGUCAAGUUCUCGCCGUCGCUCACGCUGUUCGGGGGCAAGCCCAUGGAGGGCUGGAUCGCAGUGACGGUCAGCGGCCUGGUCACCGUGUCCCUGCUCAGGCCGAGCGGGCAGGUGCUCACGUCCACCGAGAGCCUGUGCCGGCUGCGGGGCCGCGUGGCGCUGGCCGACAUCGCCUUCACGGGCGGUGGCAACAUCGUGGUGGCCACAGCGGACGGCAGCAGCGCAUCACCGGUGCAGUUCUUCAAGGUGUGCGUGAGCGUCGUCAGCGACAAGUGCCACAUCGACACGGAGAUCCUGCCCUCGCUCUUCAUGCGCUGCACCACCGACCUCGCCAGGCGGGACAAAUUCCCCGCAGUCACACACCUCAGAUUCCUGGCCCGCGACAUGUCGGAGCAGGUGCUCUUGUGCGCGUCCAGCCAGACGAGCAGCAUCGUGGAGUGCUGGUCUCUGCGGAAGGAGGGGCUCCCGGUGAACAACAUCUUCCAGCAAAUCUCCCCCGUGGUGGGUGACAAGCAGCCCAUGAUCCUCAAGUGGCGGAUCCUGUCGGCCACCAACGACCUGGACCGCGUGUCGGCGGUGGCGCUGCCCAAGCUGCCCAUCUCCCUCACCAACACCGACCUGAAGGUGGCCAACGACACCCAGUUCUACCCAGGCCUGGGCUUGGCGCUGGCCUUCCACGAUGGCAGCGUGCACAUCGUGCACCGGCUGUCGCUGCAGAGCAUGGCUGUGUUCUACGGAGCCGCGGCCCCCCGUUCCCUGGACGAGCCGGCCCUCAAGCGCCCGCGCCCCGCCGGCCCCGCCGUGCACUUCAAGGCCGUGCAGCUGUCCUGGACCUCGCUGGCGCUGGUGGCCAUCGACAGCCACGGCAAGCUCAGCCUGCUGCGCGUGUCGCCGUCCCUGGGCCACCCGCUGGAGGUGAGCCUGGCGCUGCGCCACCUGCUGUUCUUGCUGGAGUACUGCAUGGUGACGGGCUACGACUGGUGGGACAUCCUGCUGCACGUGCAGCCGGGCAUGGUGCAGAGCCUGGUGGAGCGGCUGCACGAGGAGUACACGCGCCAGAGCGCCUCGCUGCAGCAGGUGCUGUCCACGCGCAUCCUGGCCAUGAAGGCGUCGCUCUGCAAGCUGUCGCCCUGCACGCUGACCCGCGUGUGCGACUACCACGCCAAGCUCUUCCUCAUCGCCGUCAGCUCCACGCUCAAGUCUCUGCUGCGCCCGCACUUCCUCAACACGCCCGACAAGAGCCCUGGCGACCGGCUCAGCGAGGUCUGCGCUAAGAUCACCGACGUGGACAUCGACAAGGUGAUGAUCAACCUGAAGACGGAGGAGUUCGUGCUCGACAUGAACACGCUCCAGGCACUGCAGCAGCUGCUCCAGUGGGUGGGCGACUUUGUGCUCUACCUGCUGACCAGCCUGCCCAACCAGGGCUCCCCGCUGCGGCCGGGCCACAGCUUCCUGCGGGACGGGCCCUCGCUGGGCAUGCUUCGGGAGCUCAUGGUAGUGAUCCGCAUCUGGGGGCUGCUGAAGCCCAGCUGCCUGCCGGUCUACACGGCCACGUCGGACACCCAGGACAGCAUGUCCCUGCUCUUCCGUCUGCUCACCAAGCUCUGGACCAGCUGCCGGGACGAGGGCCCUGCGAACGAGCCGGACGAGACUCUGCUGGACGAGUGCUGCCUGCUGCCCAGCCAGCUGCUCCCGCCCCGCCUGGACUGGCUGCCGGUCAGCGACGGGCUGGCCAGCCGCCUGCAGCCCAAGCAGCCCCUGCGCCUGCGCUUUGGCCAGGCCCCCGCCCUGCCCAGCAGUGCCACAGCCCUGCAGCUCGAUGGCCUGCUCAGGGCCCCGGGCCAGCCGAAGAUCGACCACCUGCGGCGGCUGCACCUGGGUGCCUACCCUACAGAGGAGUGCAAGGCCUGCACCCGGUGCGGCUGCGUGACAAUGCUUAGGUCCCCCAACGCGGCGACGGCCGUGCAGCAGUGGGAGCAGCGCUGGACCAAGAACUGCCUGUGCGGGGGGCUGUGGCGGAGGCUGCCCCGCAGCUGCCCCUGAGCCCAUCUGUCCGUCCACCUGCUCAGCCCCGCCUGAGCCCCCUCUGGGCCCCCUUGGGACCCUGUGCCCCAGGCACCUGCCGGCUGAGUGGCAACAGCUGGUUUCGUUCUAGAAGAGGACGUGGGAGGGGGGCUGU